GGGCCUUAGGUUCCUAGGUCCUCCAUAUUUCUCUACCCUGGGGAGAAGCACCCCCUUCCCAGUUGCCAAGCAGAACUCUUGCUCCACAGCCAGGGUGAGAUGAUCUCUGGAGCACAUGGGGUAAAUGCCCAGUAUGCCAAGCCACUUAACAAAGAUUCCAGGGGCUUGGGCUGCUGCUCUGACAACCCACUGGGACAAACCUGGGGGGCGGGGGGCUUCCUGUAGGAAGCAGCUCACACUUCAGCACAUGGAUGCUUCCUGUUUCUUCUGCCUUGAUGGUUAUGACUGCACCAUCUGUCCAGCUUCUGGGCCCAGCAGAUCCUGUGUUCCUGCAUGAAACCUGAGUGAAGGGCUGCCAAGAGGAGAGAGCAGUGAAUGGCUGAGGGACUGAGACACCCUGUCUGUACCUGACUGUUCCCCACCCAGCCUGAGUGAGGGUGAGGGAGCCACCAGGGCAGGAAACAGGACCAGUGGGAACACCAGUUCUGUGGGCCCCUCCCUGCCUCACCUCGCCUCUGAUUAUAUCAGCUUUUCCUCCUCCCACCAAAACCUGGGCUUCUCAGGGGAAGCAGAGGCAAUCUUAAGAAGGGUGGGGAUGGAGGGAAGGUAGGCUCAAGGUGUGUCCUAGAAUGUAUUUGAGAUGGGCAUGGGGGGCCCACUGUUCUAGAAAAGGGAUGAAGGCCUAUCCUUGAGUCCCAGACUACUUCCCAGACAAGAGGAUGCAAAACCUUCUAAGACCUGCAAGUUCCAACCUGUGUGGAGAUAGUAUCAGCUGGUGCUGAAGGAAUGUAGGGUGGAUGGGCUUCUAGAGGAUGAGGCUGAGGGGGAGGAGUGGGUGGUGGUCUCAGGUUCGUACUCAGAGCUGGUUCCUACUAGGCUGCAGGAAACAGAAAUUGAGUUUAAGUAAAAAAAAAAAAAAAAACAGUUAUCUUUUCCUCCCCCCAUCAACUUGAGUCUAAGACAGAGUCUGUUGCAAUAAGCCCACUUCUGCUCUGCUGAUCUGGAGUUACAUAUAUAGUUAUUUGUAGACUUUCCUUUUUUUUUUUUACUAUAUUGUGAAUUUCUAGAGGGCAGGAGGAAACUGUCUUAGUCACCUUUGUGUCCCCCUGUAUACUCCCAAGUGUGUGCUUUGCCUACAGCUGUGCUCAGUGUGUGUCUGGAGAGGAGACAGGCUAGCUCACAUCUGGCUUUUCAAGAACCACCCAUUUGGGAAGUCUAUUAGACUGGAAUCUACAGCGUAAUUAAUGGAUUUGUGGGGUUUUUUUUUUGUAAUUUUUAUUGUGCUUAAGUGAAAGUUUACAAAUCAAGUCAGUCUCUUACACAAAAACUUAUAUACACCUUGCUACAUAUUCCCAGUUACUCUCCCCCUAAUGAGACAGCCUGCUCUCUCCCUCCACUCUCUCUUUUUGUGUCCAUUUUGCCAGCUUCUAACCCCAUCUACUCUCUCAUCUCCCCUCCAGGCAGGAGAUACCAACAUAGUCUCAAGUGUCCACCUGAUCCAAGAAGCUCACCCCUCACCAGCAUCCCUCUCUAACCCAUUGUCCAGUCCAAUCCAUGUCUGAAGAGUUGGCUUCGGGAAUGGUUCCUCACCUGGGCCAACAGAGGGUCUGGGGUCCAAGACCACUGGGGUCCUUCCAGUCUCAGUCAGACCAUUAAGUCUGGUCUUUUUAUGAGAAUUUGGGGUCUGCAUCCCACUGCUCUCCUGCUUCCUCAGGGGUUCUCUGUUGUGUUCCCUGUCAGGGCAGUCAUCGGUUGUAGCCGGGCACCAUCUAGUUCUGGUCUCAGGAUGUUGUAGUCUCUAGUUUAUGUGGCCUUUUAUCUCUUCGAUGGGUUUGUGUUUUGGGUGCCAGUAAUUAUUUACUGUUGGAAGUGUGAGGGGCCCCACAUUCCUAAGUGAUAAAGAAACAGGGGACUAGGGAAGACAGACGAAUGGGGUUUCUUUAACUUUGUCCAUGUUGAGCUUUAAAGGGGCUGGCAGCAGAUAGAGUGGAGAGGGUUCUUUCCUGUCAGACUCACAGGGUGUUAGGGGCUGGAAGGCAUCUUAGAGACUGUUCAUUCAACCUUAAACAUAUAUUUUUUUUCUGGUUCUUUUUAUUAUUUUUAAAUUUUUAUUGUGCUUUAAGUGAGAGUUUACAAAUCAUGUCAGUCUCUCAUACAAAAAUUCAUAUAUACCUUGCUAUAUACUCCUAAUUGCUCUCCCCCUAGUAAGACAGCACACUCCUUCCCUCCACACUCUCUUUUCGUGUCCAUUUGGCCAGCUUCUGACCCCCUCUGCCCUCUCAUCUCCCCUCCAGACAGGAGCUGCCUGUAUAGUCUCAUGUGUCUACUUGAUCCAAGAAGCUCACUCUUCACCAGUAUCAUUUUCUAUCCCAUAGUCCAGUCCACUCCCUGUCUGAAGAGUUGGCUUUGGGAAUGGUUCCAAUCUUGGGCUAACAGAAGGUCUGGGGACCAUGACUUCCGGGGUUCUUCUAGUCUCAGUCAGACCAUUAAGUCUGGUCUUUUUAUGAGAGUUUGGGAUCUGCAUCCCACUGCUCUCCUGCUCCCUCAGGGGUUCUCUGUUGUGUUCUCUGUCAGGACCUUAAACAUAUUUUUAUUUGCACACCUGCUACAUGCUAUGCGUUGUGUUGCUAGGUGCUGGUGAAAAAAAGAUUUUUUUUUUUUGGUGAAAUUUUUUACCCAGAAGAAACACCCGUUUGAAGAAAGGAAGUGACUUGCCUAAGGUCAUGCAGCAAGUGGGUAGUAACCUAAAAAACCCUUUACUGUCAAGUCGAUUCUGACUCGUAGUGACCUUAUAGGACAGAGUAGAACGGCCCCAUAGGGUUUCCAAGGAGCAGCUAGUGGAUUCAAACUGCUGAACUUUUGAUUAGCAGCUGCACCUCUUAACCAUGACACCACCAGGGUUUCUGGUGGAUGGUAAAGCUGAGGCUAAACCUUGCCUCUUACUGGCAACCCAGUGUCUCUUCUAUGGCAUACACUGCCUGUGCCCCAUGAGUGUUCACCUACCUGCCUUUUCUUCUCCAGCCCUGCUUCCCUGUCCCAAGACCUGCCCCUGGAGAAGGACAAGAAAGUGGGAGUGUCUAGCCUUGGUCUUCCUGGUCUGUUUUCGGGACCUGUCCAUAUGGGUCUGAGUGAUAGGUUCACUAUCUACAAAAUGCUGAGAGGCAGUAGAGAGAGACGGUUCAGAGCAUGAAUCCAGACCCCAGCUGGCUGGGGCUGCCUCAGUUUCCUCAUCUGUAAAAUGGAGAUGAUAGCAUAGUUUCUACCCUAUAGGGAUUUUGAGAGAAUUAAAUGCACGACUCAAAAUGAGAAGAAACAGCUGCAAAGAUCCAUUAAUAAUCAGAACCUGGAAUGUACGAAGUAUGAAUCUAGGAAAACUGGAAAUCAUAAAAAAUGAAAUGGAAUGCAUAAACAUCGAUAUCCUAGGCAUUAGUGAGCUGAAAUGGACUGGCUCCAGGAAUUGAAGGAAUAUCAAUUGAGAUGUUUCAACAAACAGAUGCAGCGCUGGAGGUGCUCACUCGCCUAUGCCAAGAAAUAUGGAAGACAGCUUCCUAACCAACUGACUGGAAGAGAUCCAUAUUUAUGCCUCUUCCCAAGAAAGGUGAUCCAACUGAAUGUGGAAAUUAUAGAACAGUAUCGUUACUAUCACAUGCAAGCAAAAUUUUGCUGAAGAUCAUUCAAAAACGGCUGCAGCAGUAUAUCGACAGGGAACUGCCAGAAAUUCAGGCUGGUUUCAGAAGAGGACAUGGAACCAGGGAUAUCAUUGCUGAUGUCAGAUGGAUCCUGGCUGAAAGCAGAGAAUACCAGAAGGAUGUUUACCCGUGUUUUAUUGACUAUGCAAAGGCAUUCGACUGUGUGGAUCAUAACAAACUAUGGAUAACACUGUGAAGAAUGGGAAUUCCAGAACACUUCAUUGUGCUGAUGAGGAACCUUCACAGUUGUUCGGACAGAGCAAGGGGAUAGUGAUUGGUUUAAAGUCAGGAAAGGUAUACGUCAGGGUUGUAUUCUUUCACCAUACCUAUUUAAUCUGUAUGCAGAACAAAUAAUACGAGAAGCUGGACUAUAUGAAGAAGAACGGGGCAUCAGGAUUGGAGGAAGACUCAUUAACAACCUGCGUUAUGCAGAUGACACAACCUUGCUCGCUGAAAGUGAAGAGGACUUGAAGCACUUACUAAUGCAGAUCAAAGACCACAGCCUUCAGUAUGGAUUACACCUCAACAUAAAACAAAAAUCCUCACAACUGGACCAACGAACAACAUCAUGAUAAACAGAGAAAAGAUUGAAGUUGUCAACGAUUUCAUUUUACUUGGAUCCGCAAUCAACAGCUACGGAAGCAACAGUCAAGAAAUCAAAAGACGCAUUGCAUUGGGGAAAUCUGCUGCAAAGGACCUCUUCAAAGCGUUGAAGAGCAAAGAUGUCACCCUGAGGACUAAGGUGCGUCUGACCCAAGCCAUGGUAGUUUAAAUCACAUCAUCUGCAUGUGAAAGCUGGACAAUAAAAAGAAAGACCGAAGGAGAAGAACUGACGCUUUUGAACUGUGGUGUUGGCGAAGAAUAUUGAAUAUACCAUGGACUGCCAAAAGAAUGAACAAAUCUGUCUUGGAAGAAGUGUGGCCAGAAUGCUCCUUAGAGGCAAGGAGGGCGAGACUGCAUCUUACAUACUUUGGACAUGUUGUCAGGAGGGAUGAGUCCCUGGAGAAGGACAUCAUGCUUGGCAGAGUACAGGGUCAGCGGAAAAGAGGAAGACCCUCAACGAGGUGGAUUGACAUGUUGGCUGCAACAAUGAGCUCAAGCAUAACAACGAUUGUGAGGAUGGCGCAGGACCAGGCAGUGUUUCGUUCUGUUGUGCAUAGGGUCGUUCUGAGUCGGAACGGACUCAAUGGCACCUAACAACAACAGCAACUGUAGUUUAAGGAGCCUUGGCGGUACAGUGGUUAAGCGCUCAACUGGAGACUAAAAGUUCUGCAGUUCAAACCCACCAGCUGCUCAUGGGAGAAAGUAGUGGCAGUCUGCUUCCAUAAAGAUUUACAGCCUUGGAAACCCUGUGGGGCAGUUCUACUCUGUCUUACAGGGUCACUGUGAGUUGGAAGCGACUCUACAGCACAGGGUUUGGUUUUUGGUGUUCUGUAGUUAAGUGCUUAGAACAGUGUUUGGCGUACAGUGUAAGCACUGCAUAAGUGUUUGCUUUUAUAUUUUAUUUGCUAAUUUUUCAAUCCAGCUGAACGUAUCUGGAUAUGGGUGUGAGAAUGAGGAGAUGGGGCUGUAAUGGUGUGUAACUUUCCAACACUUCUCAGUGGUGGGGUGAUUCCCUACAGUGUUUAUACUUGGUGCUGGCCCCGGAUGAAGUAUCAAUCUAUUUGAGAGGUCUUCUGCUUUGGGGUAUGUGAGCAGCUGAGUUGGGUGUCAGUAUGUUCCACUUGAACUCAUUUCCUCCUCCUCAAGUGGGAAGGUCAGUUUGGGGGCAGACUUGAUACACACCACCAUCUUUCUCUAAGAGGCUCCUGAUUUUCUGAAUUUCCAUCCAGCUGGACAUAUCGUUAUUUGAUGUGGAGCUUUUAAAUGAUCCUGAGGAAAGCAGAGAAGCUUCCCAAGGAAACAGGAACCAAUGGGCAAGGGGGCAGGAGGACUGGCAGUGAAGACAGCCCUGAGGCCUUCUCUUCUUGGAGAUCCAGUCACUGCCCAGAGAGAGGAGGGGGCUGAUCCCAGCUACGGCCAUGGCCCUUUUGCUGGGUGUAGGCUCUGCUCCCCAUUGCUCUUUUCUCUAAUCCCAACCGUGUGGUCUUUUCUGUCCCUUUUAUUAUUUUCUGCCACUGCUCCCCACAGAAUAGAAUUAUAAAACAAAGUUUGUCAUGCUUGGGAUCAGAUAUAAUGUUAUAAAAAUACUUCAUAUUUGCUUUAAGUUUUUUUGUUUUUUUUACAAUAAAGUUACAUAUGUUGUUAUGUGCUGUGGAGUUGGUUCUGACUCAGAGCGACCCUAUGUACAACAGAAUGAAACAAAGCGCAGUCCUGAGAUUUUGAAUGCUUUCCAACCUAAGGGACUCAUCUUCCAGCACUAUAUCAGACAGUGCUCUGCUGCUAUUCAUAAGGUUCUCACUGGCCAAUUUUUUCAGAAGUAGACCACCAGGCCCUUCUUCCUAAUCUCUCUUAGUCUGGAAGCUCCACUGAAACCUGUCCACCAUGCGUGACCCUGCUGGUAUUUGAAAUACUUUUGGUAUAGCUUCCAACAUCAUAGGAACAUGCAAGCCAAAACAGUACUACAAACUGACAGAAACAUGGUGGAAAUUUACAUAUACUCAUUGUAAAAUUCCUGCUGUCAAGUUGAAUCAAUUCCAACUCAUAGUGACCCUAUUGGAUAGAGUAGAACUGCUCAUAGGGUGUAAUCUUUACAGAAGCAGGCUGUCACAUCUUUUUCCCAUUGAGCAGCUGGUGUGUUCAAACAUCCGAUCUUUCUGUUAGCAGCUGUGCCCUUAACCACUGCACUACCAGGGCUCCUCAUUGCAAAAUAAAACCAAAAAAAAAAAGCCCAAACCCAUUGCCGUUGAGUCAAUUCCAACUCAUAGUGACCCUAUAGUACAGAACAGAGCUGCCCCAAACAGUUUCCAAGAAGCGCCUGGUGGAUUUGAACUGCCGACCUUUUGGUUAGCAGUGUAGCUCUUAACUACUACACCAGCAGGGUUUCCCACUGUAAAACAGUCAAGUGCAAAUACAGAAGUCCAUAUUUGAGACAAAUAUGUUAAUAUAAUGUUAUAUUAAAAUACGUUAUAUUUGAUGUAUAAAUAUAAUACAAAUAUAUAGAAAUAUAAAAUGUAAAAAAUGACAGAUUCCCUUAAUCCUGCCCAUCAGAGAUUACCACUGUUAAGUGUUUGGUCUAGCUCACUGGCUUUAAAAUUAGUACACAUACAUAUAUCCAAAAAAACCAAAAACAAACCCAGUGCCGCCGAGUCGAUUCUGACUCAUAGCGACCAUAUAGGACAGAGUAGAACUACCCCAUAGAGUUUCCAAGGAGCGCCUGGUGGAUUCGAACUGCUGACCCUUUGGUUAGCAGCCGUAGGACUUAACCACUAUGCCACCAGGGUUUCCCAUACAUAUAUAUCAGUAAAAAUUGUAUCAUACCGUUCAUGCUGUUCGGCAACUUUUUUUUUUUACAUAACCAUAUAUCUUUAUUAUUAUUUUUUGACAAUUAAAAUCCACAGGAAGACUAUAGCCAUCAUUCAUGUUUCUUAGGCAUCUUGAUAUGUCAGUACAUGUAAGACAUGCGUUUUAAUGGCUGCAUAGCACUGUUAGGGCCUUUGGAAAGCGUUUCAAGGGUAUUCUACUUGAAACCCCGGGAAGUGGUGAGGGCUUGGUGUUACUAUCCCUGUUUCACAGAGAAACAACAAAUUGAGGUUGAAAGGAGAACCUAGCUCCUCUGUCCAGGCUCCAGUCCAGAGUUCUUUCCACUACUCCGUGCUGCCUCUUUAUAAGCUUGGAUUCAGGGUGAGAAGUUGAAUUAUGUGAUGGGAUUCACAUUCAUAUGAGUAAGCAUUUUUUUUUGAUACUUAACAGAACUUCCUGUUUCUUGCAGGAAGUAGAAGAGGAAUAAGGAAAGGAGAAAUUCUCUGCCUUUGAGGAGUUUAGAAUCAACUGCGUAUAAUACAUAACGUUGGGAAAAAGAAUUCUAGAACACUUGUUAUACAACAUGUAGAUAAACAGAUUGCUAAAAUGAAAACAGGAGGAAAUGAGCACUGAGAGAAUUGAUGUAUUCGUUCAUCAAAUAUUUAUGAACAGCUCUCUGCCGUGCCCUACAGGAGAUAUUCCUGUCAUGUCUGUAACACAUAUUUUAUACCUGCAUUAAUAUUACCAUUUCAACGCUGAGGUUUUUUUUUUUUUUUUUUUUUUGAGAUCUCAUUAUUUUUUAUUUAUUUAAAUAGUUUGUCUUCCCUGGUAGAUUCUGAGCUUCUAAAAGAUGUUGAUGAUUACGGAGAGAGACGAUGAUGGAGAAGGAUGAAUUGCCCAGUAGAGUUAAUUAGGGAAAAGCAGAAUGAGGUACCACAGUUUUGAGAUGAAUUCUUUGGUAGGGGAAGGAAAGAAGUUGAGCCAGCUGAAUCGGUAUGCUUGAGGAAGUGGUUACUACUUACAAAUAAAAGCCAUUGACACUGAAAAAUUCCCAGAGAAUGAAAUUCCCUAGGUCUUUCACUCACGCCCCAAACCUCACCUACCCGCCCCCGUUAAUGAGCGCCAGAUUCUCUAUCUCAUACAACCGAUGGAAGGAGCAUGGCUGGAAGAUAAAGGGAAAACUGGAGGUCGCCACGGUACUCAUUUCAGCGUCCCUAAAAAACUGUAUAUUAAAAGAAUUAAAUGAAAGGCUACACCCUUUUUUCCUACUAACCCAAACCGCUUGAGUUCCAAGUAAGUUCUUUUUGUUGUCCAGCCUAAUUUUCUUCUCUUGAAAUAAAUACUCUUGCCUGAGCUCUCCAGAUAAAGAGGGGAAGGAGGUAUGGGGCUGACCUUCCCGAAAGCGACUUACCGACAGGUAGCUGAAGAACUAAACCCUGACUGGUAAAAGGAAGAAACCCGCGCCCCCAAGAGGCCUUAACGCCCAAAGCAACAGGACCUCGCAGGCUUGCAUCACGUGACGAUGAAGCGCUGCAGAUAAACUACAACUCCCAGGGUGCCGCGCGGCCCGCCGGCGUUACGCAGCUCUCGCUGAUUGGUCGGUGAGAUAUUUGAAAGGAGGGGCUGGCGCGGAAAAGCGAAGGUUACAUUUUGAGCCCUCGCGAAGUAACUCCGGCUGUUAAGCCCUGGGCCUGCAACGAAGGGGGACCUCUGGGGCGCUCUUCGGCGCCAUGAGGAACUUUAAAGGAGUCAACUUUGGGACUCUGCUAAGCAGUCAGAAGGAAGCUGAAGAGUUGCUGCCUGAAUUGAAGGAGUUCCUGUCCAAGCCUCCAGCUGGUCCUCCCAGCUGCCGAUAUGAUGUAGAAAGAAGACAAGCCUGUGAUGCUAUCCUGAGGGCUUGCAAUCAGCAGCUGACUGCCAAACUGGCUUGCCGUGAACACCUGGGGAGCCUGCUGGAGCUGGCAGAACUGGCCUGCCAUGGCUACUUGAUGUAUACUCCCCAACGCCCUCCCCUCUACUUAGAACGCAUUCUCUUCAUCUUCUUGCGGAAUGUUGCCGCACAGGGCGGCCCAGAGGCUACGCUUCGCCUCGCCCAGCCCCUGCAUGCCUGCUUGAUGCAGUGCUCUCACCAAGCUGCUUCCCAGGACUAUGAGGCUGUGGCCCGGGGCAGCUUUUCUCUGCUUUGGAAGGGGGCAGAAGCCCUGGUGGAGCCGAGAGCUGCAUUCUCAGCUCGGCUGAAGGCCUUGAGCUUCCUAGUGCUCUUAGAAGAUGAAAGUACCCCCUGUGAGGUUCCCCACUUUGCUUCUCCAACAGCCUGUCGAGUAGUAGCUGCCCAUCAGCUGUUUGAUUCCAGUGGGCAUGGUUUGAGUGAAGCAGAUGCUGAUUUCCUAGAAGACCUGCUCUCCAGGCAUGUGAUCAGAGUCUUGGUGGGUGAGGGAGGGAGCUGUUCUGGCCCCCUUUCUCCCCAGAGGGCCCUCUGCUUCUUAGAGCUCACCCUGGAACAUUGUCGUCGUUUCUGCUGGAGCCACCACCACAGCAGGGCCACCAGAGUGGUCAAAAAGGCCCAUGGUUACCUAAAGAACACAGAUCUGGCCCCCAGUCUCCAGCUGUGCCAGCUGGGGGUUGAGCUGCUGCAGGUCGGAGAGGGAGGACCCCAGGGAGUGGCCAAGCUUCUGAUCAAGGCAUCAGCUGUCCUGACUGCCAGUAUGGAGGCACCAUCACCACCGCUGCGGGCAUUGUGUGACAGCUGCCAGUUCUUCCUCUCAGGCCUGGAGAGAGGCUCCAAGAGGUGCCACAGACCUGAAGCUGUUCUGGGCCUCUUCGCUUUCCUUGGCAGCUACUGCUCCCUUAUCCGGCAGCUGCGGGAUGGUGUCUGUGGGAACUCCUCUAAGCAGCAGCAGUCUUUGGUUCAGAUGCACUUUCAGGGACUUCACCUCUACACUGUGGUGGUUUAUGACUUUGCUCAAGGCUGUCAGGUAGCUGAUUUGGCUGACCUGGCCCAGAUAGUGGAGAGUUGCAAAUCAACUGUUGUCUGGAUGCUGGAGGCCUUAGAGGGUCUGUCAGGCCCAGAGCUGACGGACUAUCUGGGGAUGACUGCUUCUUACACCAGUAACUUGGCCUACAGCUUCUAUAGUCACAAGCUCUAUGCCGAGGCUUGUGCCAUCUCUGAGCCCCUCUGUCAGCACUUGGGCUUGGCGAAGCCAGGCGCCUGUCCUGAGGUGCCUCCUGAGAAGCUGCAUAGGUGCUUCCGGCUACAUGUGGAGAGUUUGAAGAAACUGGGUAAGCAGGCCCAGGGCUGCAAGAUGGUGACUUUGUGGCUGGCAGCCCUGAGGCCCUGUGGCCCUGAACACAUGGCUGAGCCAGUCAACUUCUGGGUUCGGGUCAAGAUGGAUGCGGCCAGGGCUGGAGACAAGGAGCUACAGCUGAAGACUCUGCGUGACAGCCUGAGUGACUGGGACCUGGAGACCCUCAGCCUUCUGCUCAGGGAGGAGCUGCAGGCCUACAAGGCAGUGCGGGCUGACACAGGGCAGGAACGGUUCAACGUCAUCUGUGACCUGUUGGAGCUGAGCCCUGAGGAGACACCUGCUGGGGCGUGGGCGCGAGCCACCCACCUGGUGGAACUGGCUCAAGUGCUCUGCUACCACAACUUUGCCCAGCAGACUGACUGCUCUGCCCUGGAUGCUAUCCGGGAAGCCCUGCAGCUUCUGAAGUCUGUGAGGCCCAAGGCCCAAACUGAGGAUCGGCUCCUGGACGAUAAAGCACAGGCCCUGCUGUGGCUCUACAUCUGCACCCUGGAGGCCAAAAUGCAGGAAGGUAUUGAGCGGGAUCGGAGAGCCCAGGCCCCUCAUAACCUGGAGGAAUUUGAAGUCAAUGAUCUGAACUAUGAAGAUAAACUCCAAGAAGAUCGUUUCCUGUACAGUAACAUUGCCUUCAACCUGGCUGCAGAUGCUGCUCAGUCCAAAUGCCUGGAUCAAGCCCUGGCCCUGUGGAAGGAGGUGCUUACAAGGGGGCAGGCCCCAGGUGUACGGUGUCUCCAGCAGACAGCAGCCUCGCUGCAAAUCCUCGCAGCCCUCUAUCAACUGGUGGCAAAGCCCCUGCAGACUCUGGAGGUGCUCCUGCUUCUACGAAUCGUCUCCAAGAGACUGGAGGACCCCGCGAAGGUAGCUGGCUCCUCCUGCCACAUCACCCAGCUCCUCUUGAUGCUCGGCUGUCCCAGCUAUGCCCAGUUGUACCUAAAAGAGGCAGAAUCAAGCCUGAGGCUUCUCAGUCGUACCACUGACACGUACCUGCUCCUUAGCCUGACCUGUGAUCUACUUCGAAGUCAACUCUACUGUACUACUCAGAAGGUGACUGAGGGUGCCUCUCUGCUGCUGUCUGUGCUUCAGGAUCCUGGUCUCCAGAAGUCAUCUAAGGCUUGGUACUUGCUGCGGGUCCAGGCCCUGCAGUUGGUGGCAGUCUACCUUAGCCUCUCCUCGAACACCCUUCCAGUCUCCCUGUGGGAGCAGCUCUGUGCCCAAGGCUGGCAGACACCCGAGGUAGCGCUCAUCGACUCCCAUAAACUCCUCCGAAGCAUCCUCCUCCUGCUACUGGGUAGUGAUGUGCUCUCAGUUCAAAAAGUGGCUGUGGAGACAUCAUUUCUGGACUAUGGUGAAAAUCUGGUACAAAAAUGGCAGGUUCUUACAGAGGUGCUGAGCUGCUCAGAGAAGCUGGUCUCCCGCCUGGGCCACCUGGGCAAUGUGAGCGAAGCCAAGGCCUUUUGCUUGGAGGCCCUAAAACUGACGAUGAAGCUACAGAUACCACGCCAGUGUGCCCUGUUCCUGGUGCUGAAGGGGGAGCUGGAGCUGGCACGCAGUGACCUGGACCUCUGUCAGUCAGACCUGCAGCAGGUUCUGUUCUUGCUGGAGUCAUGUACAAAGUUUGGUGGGCCUGCCCAGCACCCGGACUCUGUGAAGAAGGUCCACCCUCAGAAGGGGAAGCAGCAGGCCGGGGUCUCCUGUCCUCCAGAGCUCCUGGAGGAGGAGCUCUUCCUAAGAGGCCCUGCUCUGGAGCUGGUGGCCACUGUGGCCAAGGAGCCUGGCCCCACAGCACCGUCUACUAUCUCCUCCCCGAUCCUGAAAACCAAGCCCCAGGCUAGCCCUGGCUUCCUAUCCCACCCGCCCACCUGUGACUGUUCACUCUGUGCCAGUCCUGUCCUCUCAGUAGUCUGUCUGCGCUGGGCUUUGGUCACAGCAGGGGUGAGGCUGGCCAUGGGCCAUCAGGCCCAGGGUCUGGACCUGCUGCAGACUGUACUGAAGGGUUGCCCUGCAGCCACUAAGCGCCUCGCUCAAGCUCUACAGGCUUCCCUGAAUCACAGAGCACCCCCUGACCUGAGCCUCUUGGAUGAGAUCUUGGCUCAAGCAUACACACAGCUGGCACUGGAGAGCCUGAGCCAGCCAUCAGACAAGAGCCUGGGUAAGAUCCUAGAGUCAGGGCUGAAGUUUGUGGCAGCGCGGAUACCCCUCCUGGAGCCCUGGCGAGCCAGCCUGCUGUUGACUCAAGCCCUUGCAAAGCUGGCUGGCCUCAACUGCUGUACUACCCAACUUUUUGCAAGCUUCUGGGGCUGGCAGCCACCAGUAAUAAAGACCCCCCCAGCCUCAGAGCCAUCUAAGACUCAGAGCAAAAAACAUCUGACCUCUGCUACACUGCCUGUCCAUAACACCUCUUUGAAGGGCCUGGAAGGUGGAGGACCACCCUGUACACCCAAGCCCCUAGGCCGGGUUAGGCAGGCUGGCCCUCGCAUCCCUUUUACUGUGUUUGAAGAAGUCUUCCCUAUGAAGAGCAAGCCUGAGGUUCCCAAGGCCCCCAGGGUACGACAGAAGGUCCAGACGCGCCUCAAGGUGAACUUCAGUGAUGACAGUGACUUGGAAGACUCUGUCUCAGCUGAGGCACAGCUUACAGAAGAGCCUAAGAGAUGUGGCUCUGCUUCCCGGGGCCGGGGCCGGACUAGGAAGGGCUCAAGCUCGAAGGCUAAUGCGGUGGUUGUCCCAGGUAGUGUCCCUGGGCACCCUGGCCCAAGUGGCAGGAGUCGGAGCGCCAAGAAGGUGGUAUCAGGACAUUGUGAAGAGCGGGCCCAGAGGGCCCCCGAGAUCAUGAGGACUAUCCCAGAGGAGGAACUGGCUGGCAACCAGAUGGAAAUGAGCUUUGAGAUCCUCAGGGGUUCAGAUGGGGAAGAUUCAGCCUCAGGUAAGAAGGCACCAGCUCCAGGACCUGAUGCAGCCGUAGGAGAAUGUGAGGUAUUGAGACGGGAUUUCAGCAAGGAGGAGCUGCCCACUCCGUGCCCAGACAAGAAACGCAACAAGGACCUCGGCCCUCGUCUCCAGCUCCCCUCAGCCCCUGUAGCCAUUGGUCUCUCCACCCUGGAUUCCAUCUGUGACUCACUGAGCCUUGCUUUCCGUGGGGUCAGUCACUGCCCUCCUAGUGGACUGUAUGCUCACCUCUGCCGCUUCCUGGCCUUGUGUCUGGGCCACCGGGAUCCCUAUGCCACUGCCUUCCUUGUCACCGAGUCUGUCUCUAUCACCUGUCGCCACCAGCUGCUCACCCACCUCCACAGGCAGCUCAGCAAGGCCCAGAAGCACCAAGGAUCACUGGAAGUGUCAGAGCAGCUGCAGAGGCUAAGCCUCCAGGAGAAGGCUGGAGAUGUCCCCCUGGCCCACAUCCAGCGCCUCUUUUCCUUCAGAGCUUCGGGAUCUGGCCACUUUCCCCAGCCCGAGAAGGAGAGUUUCAAGGAGCGCCUGGCUCUGAUCCCCAGUGGGGUGACUGUGUGUGUGUUGGCCCUGGCCACCCUCCAGCCUGGAACUGUGGGCAACACCCUCCUGCUGACCCGGCUGGAAAAAGACAAUCCCCCGGUCACUGUGCAGAUCCCCACUUCCCAAAGCAAGCUUUCUCUGAGCUCAGCCCUAAAGGAGUUUGAUGCCAUCCAGAAGGAACAGAAAGAGAACAGCAGCUGUACUGACAAGCGAGAAUGGUGGAAGGGGCGACUCGAACUGGAUCAUAGGAUGGAGGUUCUCAUCACUUCCCUAGAGAAGUAUGUGUUGGGCUGCUGGCGGGGGCUGUUGCUGCCAUCCAGUGAGGACCCAGGCCUUGGCCAGGAGGCUUCCCAUUUAGAGGAGUUGCUGCAGGAAUGUGGCUGGAAAUAUCCCAAUCCCACUCUGCUGAAAAUCCUGCUCAGCGGUGCCAGUACUCUCACCCCUCAGGACAUUCAGGCCUUGGCCUAUGGUCUGUGCCCAGCCCAGCCGGAGAGAGCCCGAGAGCUCCUAAGUGAGGCAGUGGGACAUCUACAAGGUCUGACAGUGCCAAGCAAUAGGCACCUUGUCUUGGUGCUAGAUAAGGACCUGCAGAAGCUGCCAUGGGAGACCAUGCCCAGCCUCCGGGCACUGCCUCUCACCCGUCUGCCCUCCUUCCGCUUUCUACUCACCUACUCCAUCAUCAAAGAGGUGAGGCUCAAGUCCGGGGCCUCAUCAGUGCUGAGCCAAGGCGUGGAUCCACGUAGCACCUUCUAUGUCCUGAACCCUCACAAUAACCUGUCAAGCACAGAGGAGCAAUUUCGAGCCACUUUUAGCAGUGAAGCCGGCUGGAGAGGGGUGGUUGGGGAGACCCCAAGCCCGGAGCAGGUGCAGGCGGCCCUGACGGAGCAUGACUUAUAUAUCUAUGCAGGACAUGGGGCUGGUGCCCGCUUCCUAGAUGGGCAGGCUGUCCUGCGGCUAAGCUGCCGGGCAGUGGCCCUGCUGUUUGGCUGCAGCAGUGCGGCCCUGGCUGUGCAUGGAAACCUGGAGGGAGCUGGCAUUGUGCUCAAGUAUAUCAUGGCUGGCUGCCCCUUGUUUCUGGGUAAUCUCUGGGAUGUGACUGACCGUGACAUUGAUCGCUACACGGCGGCUCUGCUGCAGGGCUGGCUUGGAGCAGGUCCAGGGGCCCCCCUUCUCUACUAUGUCAGCCAGGCCCGCCAGGCUCCCAGACUCAAGUAUCUUAUUGGAGCUGCACCAGUCGCCUAUGGCUUGCCUGUCUCUCUCCGGUAACCCAUUGGAAGUGUCGUAUCUCUGACAGAAGCCAUGUGACUAUUCUAUCUCCAAACUUAGAUUAAACCAUUAGGCUAAAUAUUUUAAGUGAUUUUCCCCGCUGUUUUAUAUGAAACAUUUCCUUUCGACUUAAUAUAAUAAAGAUGUUAUUUAAACUCUC